AUGUUCAACAAGCUUGCCUUCUUGGCCGCCGUUGCGGUGGGCGUCAAUGCCCUCCCCGGUGCGCCUCCCUCGUACGGCAGUGAAUCUGCAGCAGGAUAUGGCGACAGCCCAGCAGGAUACGGUGGUGAGAGCAGCGUGAGCUCCAGCACCAGCAGCAGCACCACCCCGGCUGCGCCCGUCUCUACUUCCUCUGCUCCAGCUGCGCCUGGCUACGGUGCUGAGACCAGCAGCACUCCAGCUGCUCCAGUUUCGACUUCUUCUGUGCCAGUUGCCCCAGGCUACGGCGGCGAGUCCUCUUCUAGCAGCUCUUCCUCCAGCUCCACACCAGCUGCCCCGGUUUCGACAUCGACUUCCGCUCCAGCAGCCCCAGGAUAUGGCGGCCUAACCAGCAGCACCUCUGUCUCCAGCUCUACGCCAGUGGCGCCAGUCUCCUCGUCUACAUCCACCGCUCCAGCUGCCCCAGGCUAUGGCGGCGAGACCUCCAGCUCCAGCUCCAGCUCCAGCAGCAGCAGCAGCAGCAGCAGCAGCUCCUCUAGCACCUCGAGCAGCUCCAGCAGCACGUCCAGCAGCUCCUCCAGCAGCAGCUCUACGCCUGUUUCUCCAGUUUCCACAACCUCGAGCGUCCCAGCUGCUCCAGGCUACGGUGGUGAGACCAGCUCCAGCAGCUCGUCCUCGUCUGCCAGCUCUUCUUCCAGCAGCUCUUCAAGCUCUUCGCCAGUUGCGGCAGUCUCUACCAGCUCGUCUAGCUCGUCUAGCUCGUCCAGCUCGUCCAGCUCCAGCUCUUCCAGCCCGGUUGCUCCUCUAUCGACCGGCCCAAGCUCGAAGCCAUCCGUCCCAUUGAGCACUGGAGUCUACCCAUCCAGCUCCAAGCCGUCUGUCCCAUUGAGCACUGGUGUCUACCCAAGCAGCUCCAAGCCAUUGACCACCGCCACCAUCUCUUCUACCAAGGUCGUCACCAUCACCAGCUGCGCCGCAACUGUCACCGACUGCCCUGCAAGGAGCGCCACCGAGGUCUACGUUACCUCCACCGUUGAUGUGUACACCACCGUCUGCCCAGUCGAGGAGGCCUCGUCCCUGUCCUCCAGCGCCUCCGCGUCCGUUCCGGUCUCGCCAGAGAGCACCAGCUCUGCUCCAUCUGUUCCAGGUUACGGCAUCCCAAGCUCCUCCGCCCCUUACCCAUCCGUUCCUCUUAGCACUGGUGUCUCCAGCAAGCCGGUCGGACCCGUUGAAACCGGCGUGCCAUCUGGAAGCCCAUCUACCACGAUCGUCAGCAAGACCCUGACCUACACUCAGGGUACUGGUACUUCCGCCACUGUCAUUACCACCACCAUCCAGUCCACCAGCACCGCUUACAUCACCCAGACCGUCUACGUCAACAAGCCAACCAGCUCUGCACCAGCAGCGGGUGGCUACGGCUCUUCCUCUGCAGCUCCGUCCAGCCCAGCUGGCUAUGGCAGUUCCUCUGCAGCUCCGUCCGGCCCAGCUGGCUACGGUAGCUCCUCCGGCACCGGCAGCACGACCACCAAGUACACCACUGUCCAAUCCACCUCCGUCUCCACCAACUACAUCACUGUCUACGUAAGUGCAUUCUUCAUCGCCUUUCCGCUACAUUGCUAACAACUCAACAGCCAGUGAAGAGCUCGUCCGCCCCAGCUGAAUCUGGCAGCGCCUCCACUCCCGUAUCUGCCGCUGGCCUGCCUUCCGCGUCCGCUCCAGUAUACGGCUCUUCCCCAUCUAGCUCCAGCCCCGUGUCUGCCGCUGGCCUGCCUUCUACUUCCGCUCCAGUCUACGGCUCUUCCCCAUCCGGCUCUGCUCCAUCUGGCUCUGCUGGCUCCAGCUGUGUCCCCACCACCGUCACUGUGACCGAGAAGGAGACUGUCUACGUUACGGUUCCCGCUGCCGCCUCUUCCACUGGCAACAGCGUCGGACCAAAGCAGUCUACCACCGCUGUCUGGUACCCAACCACCAGCGUCUACCCAUCCUCCUCGGGCGUCGCUGGUGCCAGCUCCGGCUUCGCUACCUCGUACAGGCCAACCACCAAGCCGGUCUCUCCAGUCAGCUCCAGCAGCAGCAGCCAGCCCGUCGCUCCAGCCUACUCGGCACCAAGCAGCUCCUCCAGCUCCCCAGCUGCUCCAGUCUCGACCUCUUCCUCGACCAGCCCAGCUGCUCCAGCCUCCUCUGCUCCAAGCUCGUCAAGCUCCACCCCAGCGGCGCCAGUUUCGACUAGCAGCAGCAGCAGCAGCACCAGCACCAGCACCAGCGCUGCCCCAAGCGGCCCAGCCACCUACCCGGCUUACAGCUACGCGUCAUCAUCGAGCUCCACCUCCUCGGCCGGCCCUAGCACCGUUUACGUGACUCCCAUCCCAAGCACGCCGGCCGGCUACGGUGCCUCUUCCAGCAGCUCUACAUCAGCAGCACCCGUCUCGACUUCGUCGGCUCCCGCAGCUUCAGGCUACGGAUCCGAGGCACCCACCUACUAG